CGUCAUGACGACUCCGUGGAGAACUUUCUGAGUGGAGUAUACCAAGUACAUAGCACUCUGCCUGGUCCCUUGAUAGGGACCGUUUGCCAGUACGGCGACUACUAUUACUACUACUUCCGCCUCGAAAUGUAGGAGCGACUUCCCAAGAGGUAUCGACCUUGUAUCUGUUGUUGUUCUUCUAUUGCCAUGACGCUACAACCCGCUGGCCCUGUGUUCUACAAAUACGGUAUAAAACACGACUCUGGUGCGAGGUAACUGUCUUGACCAAGUCGGCAUUGACGGCCUUCUACUUCAUCAUUGACAACAAGCUCUCAUGCGCCAAUCUGAAUCCACGGAAUCAUCUCGGCACUCCCCUCACACAUCCAGCCACUGCCAGUUCACUCGUGCUCUGCCUGACCCUGUUAUCGUUGACAGAGGAUCUGUGAUAGCAGUCUGUAUAUGCUCUCUUUCCGUCUGCCUCGUGUCAGUACUGCUAUUCUGUUUGCUAAAGCCUAUCAGCGACAUAAUAUCUGGCACUGGCAAUGGCAUUGGAGCAGCGUUUUCGACAACGGGUGCUGGAGUCGCAUUCCUUGUUAACACUACUUUGGGCGGCCUCAGUUCGUUAGGAAAGGCGCAUUCGGCAGAUGGUCCUGGUUCCUUGCAGUGCCACCGCCUUGGGAUUUGUUCUCCGGCACCAUUCCCUAAUGAACAAUCCGAGAACAUGGUCCACCACCCGCUCACCAUGACUGCACUUAUUGAAACGGAGACACAGGACGUUUUCACAAUGAAAUUGCACAUCGCUAACGUUUCCAAUGGUGUCGUCUUCGAGGUUCUCAAGGUAGAAAUGGAACUCUUCGAUGCACUCUUUAUUGAGGCUGGCUUUGAUCAACGUCUUCCACCAGCACUUCGGUCAAAGAUUGCAAGUGAAUUCCAGCAAGCGAAAAAUGAGGCCGUCAUGUUUCGCUCGAAGUUAUAUGCCGUGAAUGACGCGGGGUGGGACACCUUGAUGACUUAUAAAGACCAGCUAGAGACUCUCGACCCUCUCCUGUAUGGGCUCUGGCGUCGGCCUUCCUCAACGUCAUUUGAACAACUGCAAGAGCGGCUAGAACAGUUUCGUGAUGUUAUCGAUGAAAAGAUCGAGGUGUUGAAGCAGGAAGUUGAUGCGUCUAAGCUCCUGGCUGAGUCGAUGAACGGUGGCUUGGAUGAGCUCAAGAGCUUCACACUCGAAGCUUCACGGCUGCUUCCUGAUGAACAAACUCGCUUGGAGUACUGUGCUGAAACACUUGGUUUCUCUCAGAAGCUCCAGUACAGCAUGGCUCGACUUAAAUCCUUCAGUCAUUUCAUUGAUCAAACGGUGAAGCCCCUCAUUGGUUUGCGGGAUCUUGUUGAAAAGAUGGAUCGCCAUUCGGAUAGGUUCAAGGUACAUUCUGAGUCAUUGCAUUUGACUAUCAUCCUCACAUAAUUUCUAGCAAAGUUUUCGGAGCAGUAUUCACGGGAUAGUUGGCGCCGGGUAUAGUCAUGAUGAUCUAGAAGCCCUUUUGAAGAAACUUCGGGAUCGCUGGAGAGUGCUAGCCGGAGAAUCUGAUUAGAUUAUCGAACGUAGCCGCAUAAACCUUGAUUUCAAUGCACUGAUUCUUUGAACUCAUCUUCUCCUCGUCCUUGCCCCAAUAUAACAAAACCGUAGGACGUCCACGUUCGCAUCGGAAUCAC